GACUGGUUGUUCUAACUGAUGCUGACCGUGGGCUCUAUUCAAUCUGUAUUGCUGAAGUGUUACAAUACACUUGAUCGAAACUUUAAAGUGUGUCAUAGGGGUUAAAGGUGAGCAGGUGUGGCAGUGGGCGUGGCAGAGAUGAGUGUCUCUUCCUGGUUCUUGGUGAGUGGCGGGGGCAUGAGGCACCGCCUCCCCUGGGAGAUGAUCUUUGUUGGCCGAGACGACUGUGAACUCAUGUUACAGUCCCGUAGUGUGGACAAACAGCAUGCCGUUAUCAACUAUGAGCCAACCACGGACGAACAUAAAGUCAAGGACCUGGGAAGCCUGAAUGGGACAUUUGUGAAUGAUGUCAGAAUACAGGAGCAGGUGUAUAUCACUUUGAAAAUUGACGACAAGUUGAGGUUUGGAUAUGAUACCAACCUGUUCACUGUGGUGCGAGGAGAGCUCCAUGUCCCCGAGGAAGCACUAAAGCAUGAGAAGUUUAAUAGUCAGCUCCUGCUGCAGAUGGUAAAGGCGCCAGAAGCUGCUCCGGUACCAUCCAGACCUGCAGUAGAGGUCAAGGCUGCAGCCGAGGGUGGUUCUGAGGGUGGCUCUGACGGGGCGGUGGCAGUGGGUAGUAAACCCCCUGAGACCAGCAGAGAGGGGGUCGGGGACGACAAGCUGGCAGGGGACAUUGCAGUACUAAAAAGGGGCACCCCUCUGUACGGCCAGCCUUCCUGGUGGGGGGACGGGGACGCAGACGAUGAGAACUCUGGGAAGCAGGAUGGGACAACAACUGACAGGAAGCAGGAGAGAUCUGAGUCAGAUUGUAAAGACCCCAAGGAGACAACAGCCGUGGCCCAGGAGAAUGGCCUGUACACCUCAAGCCAGGAACCCAGUUACUUCGAGAUCCCCUCCUAUACCAAUGAACCCCCCUCCCAAGACACGGAAGGCGCCACCGCCACUAACCCUGCCUCUGGCCCUGAAGCCGUCCCCCAGGGCCACGCCUCCUUCACCAUCGCGUUUGACCUGCAGGCGUCCAAUAAGGUGACGGUUAAGGACCGGGUGGCGAAGGUGGUGCCGGAGGUGAGGCCACGGCCCCCAAAAAAGGGCGCGGGAGAGGAGCUGAGCGCCCUGCAAACGGCCAUGGUGGCGGCGGAGGUGAAAGUAGCUGAUUGGCUGGCCCAGAACGAGAUCCCAUUGGCCCGUACGGAGUCGGUUGACAGAGUGGUGGAGGACGACGACAGGGAGAGCGUGAAGAGUGAUGUGCCGGUUCAGCUGAAGAGUCUUAAAGGUAGUAAACACGAGGACGGUACCCAGAGCGACUCAGAGAAUGCAGCCGCGCUGGGAGAGCAACGCCGGGCCGCCCUCGAGGACCACUCCAGGGGGCUGUGGGGCGGCCGAAUAGAGGGGUCAGGGGUCAAGAUACGAGAGGGGCGCGCCAACGUCCCAGAGGGACUCUUUGCCGAGGAAGAUAGCCCAGCCCGACGACACAGGUCCUCAGCUUCCAAAAUGGCACCCAUCGGAGGAGAGUUAAGAGAGAGGACCAAGGAUUCCGUUCCUUACCACCGCGACCAACACCAACCGAUAGGACUUGGGGAGGGGUUUCAGAAUCGCCAUGGAGACGACUAUAGCGACCGGGGGACCUAUACCAUAGAGAUAGAGAACGAAGAUAACCAAGAGGAGGAGGCCAGGAGAAUGAUUGACAAGGUAUUUGGUGUGGAGGACUACCAGACUCUGUCCAGGGUGGCGGGCUAUCCUGACAUCCAGAGAGAGAGACUGACCACUCAGAGACCAGGCCCAGGAGACAGAGGCAAGCCUGGACAUAUCGAACCAGAGUCUCUCCCAGAGGAGCUGGUUGUGGGCGGUCCCAGGUGGGUCUCCCAAUGGGCUACUCUGGCAGCCAGCCACAUCAGGACUGACCCUGAGGGCUCUGGAGCUGAGUCCCAUGUCCACUACCACACCGAGGACAGAGCUGAGAUCAGUGAGUCCAGUCACUCUGCCUCCAUGGCCUCCACCAGCUAUACAGAGCGCAAGAGGAGAACCCUGCCCCAGCUCCCCUCCACCGAGGAGGCAACCCCAGGGGGGAGGAGAUCCCCUGGUCCAGCUCACCGCCCCUCCGAUGUGGGGGAGAAACAGGAUACUGAGCUCCAGGAGAAGGAGAACCAGGAGACGGGGAGAGGAGGGAGGACCAAGCCUGGUGGUGGGGGUAGCCAGGCUGGUAGUGUGGGUGGAAGCACCAGAGGAAGUCCGAAAAAAGGCUCUCCAGCGAAGAACCAAGAUGUGGGAAGCCGGAAAGAAACUGUGUUGGCGAAACUGCCUCCUCGGCCAGGGAAUAGUGGGGGGAAGAGACUGGAGGAGGCACCAAGGAGGAAGAAGGAGAUGGAGGAGAAGGCUAAAGAAAGGGAGAAUGCUGGGAAGCCGCUUCUUAGACAAGAGAGCUUUACGGUGGAGAGACCCAGCACCAACGUCCCCCAGGAGCUCAUCCCACGGAUUGACACGCAAACUGGGGCACGAAUACUGACAAAGGAGGGAAGGGAGGAUGGUACCACCCGGCAGAAGGACUCAGAGGCGGUGGCUGCGUUUCUGGAGACAACGGUAUCAGACCUGGGUGAACCAAUUAGCCAGUCCAUCGAGGGGUCUGUGUCGCCUGAGUCGGAUGUGGACACCACCAGCACCGUUAGCCAGGCAGCGGGCGUCGGAGGGCGGAAGGUGGUCCACCAGAAGAGACGUACCCUAACUGCCCAGCAGAAAGAGAGGGAGAAGACGGUGCUGUGCUCCUCCACCAAGGGGCCUACCAGAGCCAGAGAUACCCAGGAUAGGAAACCCAAAUCCAGACCGUCUGGUGGACAAGGGACCCGCCAAGCUGGUCGUGCCUGGACCUCCCUGGACCUAACAGAUGACGACGUCAACUCCAACUCCCUCCUCUCCGACUCCCAACCCUCCUUACAGGAGGUUAGCUCCCACAGUUCCCACGCCAGAACCCAGGCUGGAAGCACCAGAGUGGAGGCUAGCACCAAGGCUAGCCGGGCUAAAAACACCCAGGCAUCCAGCACCACCACAAACACCCUCAGUAAACCUAGCACCACCUUGCCCAAGGUGCGGCCCACCCGGGCCUCGAUACUCAGACGUGCCCGUUUGGGGGACUCCUCCGAUACCGAACCAGCCGACAUGGACCGGAUGUCCGUAGCCUCCGAGGCUAGCACCGCUAGCUCCAGGUCUGCAGCUCCCGGACCAGGGAUCCGGAGAGGCCUGUCCCGCAUUGACGCCCUGGCCCAGCCCAGGAAGCCCAGGAUGGGAUCUCCGUCUGCCCAGAGUGACUCAGAGGCCACGGGGGGCCGUAGCCGGGGGAUAGGGGCUCGUAGCAUUGCUACCGACUACGCCGUCCGACAGGGACUCAGAGGAGUCAGCAACAUGGGAGGGAUAAUACCCAGGGCCAGGGCUAACAGCGCCUCCAAACUACCUGACAAGUCUAAGGGCUACAUCACCCCCACAGCUGGUGGCCGGUGGCGCCGGAUGCCCAUGGACUACGCCUCCACCUCGGAGGACGAGUUCGGCUCCAACCGCCACCCGUCCAAGCAUGGCGGUCCCGCCCGGCAGUUUGCGUCGCCGCGGCUGACCCAGCUGGGUGGCUCCGCCCCUGCCACGCCCUGUCCGGGGGGUAUAGCGGCUCUGAGGCAGCAGUCAGCAGGCAGAGAACAGGAGGAGUACAUGAAGGACUGGACCACUCACAGUGAAGAGAUCGCCAGAAUCAGUCAGGACCUAGCCAAAGACCUGGCCAUGCUGGCCAGGGAGAUCCAUGAUGUGGCCGGAGAGAUCGACUCAGUCAGCCCAGCCGCUAGUGCUGCCACUGACCCAGGAGCCAUGAUGGAGGAGCGAGUUUUUGACGAUGGCUUGGAUCUUGGGAGCGGCCCGUCAACAGAGAGCAUUCUGGGUAAUAACAUCCGCUCCGUGGAGCUCCGGCCACGCAACUCUAACAGACAGGGUCCCCGCGCCAUUCGCCGCCAGACUUGGAACAGAGAGGACGCGGUGUUGGAUAGUUUACUAUUAGCAUCUGUGACCCAGCUCUCGGCACGGAUACGCCAUUCUGUGGACAAAACAGCAGGCAAAAUCAGGAUAUUAUUCAAAGAUAAGGACCGGAAAUGGGACGAGAUUGAGAAUAAACUCCAAGCCGAGCAUGACUCUCUACUCCUCAAGACUUCCAGCACGGAGAUCACCACCAUCCUCCAGGAUCUGAAGAGAGUGGAGAGACAGUUACUAGUGAUUGAUGUGAUGGUGGAUCCGGACGGCACCCUGGAUGCCCUGACCAGCCUGGGACUGACCAGCCCUCUGACCGACCUGCAGAGAGUCAGUCCUGGGGCAGCGGGGCCCUCCUCUGUCGGUCACCCCCCUGGAGGUAGUAGUGGAGAAGGCCCUUCUAACAGCACCCUCUCGGGGGCCUCAGGCACCUCUACCCAGGUGGCAGAGAGAGACCUGGGACUCCAUGUGGAUAAUAAUCUGCCCUCUAGUGGUGGAGAACAGAACUGUGUGGUUCAUAAAUGAGGAGGAUCCUGGAUCUAGAACACACUACUAAAGUACAACUACCUAAACACUUGCGUGGAGGGGCCCUGAUUGAGGCUCACUACUAGGGAGAAUGGUAAAAGACUUGGAGAGAUGGGACUUCCACUGGGCACAGAUGUCAAUUCAAUGUCUAUUCCACAUUGGUUCAACGUCAUUCCAUUGAAAUGACGUGGAAACUACGUUGACUCAACUAGUGUACUGGACAAUGUCUGGACAAACCUCCUGAACAUCAGACCUGACCAAAAGAGGAGUAAAUAAACACUUUUUAAUCUUUG